AUCUCGUUACCUGGAGUAUGAGAAAAAAACUUCUGAAAAGGGCACCUCCGCUUCCUUCACGGGGCCUCCCAAAGGGCCGGCCAAGGCGACCUCUCCAAAGAGACCAUCCGCUUCAAGUCUGAAGCACAAAAGCUCCACAGAAUGUGCUUCCAGCACUCUGCAGUCAACCAUGCUGGCCACCAAUCGCAAUUUCCUGCCUGAACUGGAGGUUUCAGUGAUUAAAGACAAGAGGAACCGCCAGACCACGGUUUUGACGCUUGCCAAAGACGCCCCCAGAAGAAACCCAGCCGUGGUGCCUCCGGACGCCAAUGAUCUGAUUGAGAUGCUGGAUUCCCAGACGCUGCUGCUGAACUAUGCCUCCAUGGAGAUGGAGAAGACCCUGGCCCUUCUGGAAGAGCAGGCUGAGAGCAACUUGUUGGUCCUCUCCGAGGAAGUGGAGAAGCUGCAGGAGGAGAUACAUGGGAACCGGCGCAGGUUGCAGCGCCGGAACGACAGCAAGAUCUCUCAGAUGCUGGACAUACAACUGGAAGUGCUCGACCCCGUUGCGGAGCUCUGUGCCCACUUUGAGGAAGCGUACAGGCACUUCGCUACCACCCUGGACUUGACGAGACAUGAGCUGCCCAUGAAAGCGCUCACCGUGGGCGAGACAAACGCCCAGGACCUGGCCGGCUUGGAGAAUGCCCUGGCUGAGAGUCGGAGCCUGCUGAGCGAAGUGCUCCAGCCUCAUUCCAGGGAGAAUGUCAAGGCCCUGCCUCUGCUGAAGGAGCUGACUGAGGCAUCGCAGAAACUGGACGAGGAGCUGUCAAGGAGCUUUGAGCAAGUGGUGGAACUCUCUGCUGAAGUAAGCAAGGAAGCCGCCCUGCACUGUCAGCAAGUGAAUGAAGACCGCCUGGGAAUGGAGAUCAUGGAGCCCCUGUACUUCAAGUAGGGCGAGGCAAGCACCCACAGCGCGGGCUGCUCGGGCUGUCGGUCAGUCGACGGAAGUACGGUGCCUUUUUUGCUGCCUGAGCCCCCUCGCCUGUCAGGAAGGGUUGCUGCCAUAUCUUAGAAGAAGGUGACUGGACUGGGUCUGAUGAGGUGUGAACGCCAGGAAUCCUUCCUCUUCCUCCUCGUGUCCCUUGAAGUCGAGGUUCUUUCCUAUUCAAGCAACAUUCACUACGAUAAUUGCACAGUUUAAUCUUUUGCAUUAUAAUUAAAACACUUCUGCACUGCAA